CCACCUCUUCUAACCCGCCCUCCCCUUCUCACCGAACCUCUCUCUCUCUCUCUCUCUCUCUCUAACGGUGCGCGCUUUCUUGAGUCCGGCGGCAGUCUCCAACGGCGUAGUCUGCUUGGGCGAGGAUCUUCAUCAUCACCUGUUCUCUCUCUCUCUCUCUCUCUCUGUAGGCCAGCUCUGGGGCGAACUACACCUGCUGUCGUGGUUGCAUAGCGGGAGGCGCUCUUGGAGCACGACGCAGUGGGUCAGUUUGGUUUCCUAGAGAGCCCGGAGGACGUAGAUGAAGGAAAAUGCCGCAAGUGAGGAUCAUCGCGAAGAAUUUCAUGGAUCUGGUGGCAGCGCUGCCAGUCUUCAAGCUCGACAAGCUCUACGAUAGUGUCUUCGUCUGCGAAGCCAUUAUGAGAUCUCUGCCUCCAUUAUCCAAGAAGUAUGUUCUGCAAAUGUUGUAUAUUGAUGUUGGCUUAACUGCUAAAUUAUUGGAGGAAUGGGUGCUUUCGGAUGGUUUGUCUAAGCAUAAAGCUGCUGUUGAUAGGCUACUGCAGCUCAGAAUAUUUAUUGAGACUGUGGACAGGAAAAAGGAAACUAGUUACACAUUGAAUGAGAAGUUCAAAGGUAACCUUCAGAAGUACAUAGUAAAUGGAGAGGCUAUGCCACGAGAGCCAAUGCCUUCAAGCAUCGUUGUGAGGCUCCCAACGUUGGAGGAGCUAGAGGCUUAUGCCCUUGAGCAGUGGGAGAACUUCCUGCUUCAACUUAUUAGAUUAACCAAGGGAGAAAAAUCGGCAAGUUUUAGCUCUGCAAUUAUGAAAGUUGUACAACGUGGUCUUCUAAGUUCAAGAGACAAUGAUGGCCUAAAGUUAACUGAAAAUGGCUUUCAAUUUUUGCUGAUGGACACCAACGCACAGCUUUGGUAUAUCAUUAGGGAAUACAUUUCUACCUCUGAGGACAGAGGAACAGAUUCAACAGAUUUGAUCUCAUUUCUUCUUGAGCUUAGUUUUCAUGCCACUGGUGAGGCAUAUAAUAUGAACACCUUGACAGAGGUGCAGGAAGAUGCUAUUAAAGAUCUCUCUCAGCUUGGACUGGUCAAACUUCAGCAGGGAAGAAAAGAGAGCUGGUUUAUUCCGACUAAAUUUGUCAAAAAUCUUGCCAUGAGUUUGUCAGAUUCAACAUCACGCAAAGAGGGUUUUAUAGUUGUGGAAACAAACUUCAAAUUGUAUGCAAAUUCAUCGUCGAAGCUUCACUGUGAGAUACUGGACCUAUUCUCAAGGAUUGAAUAUCAAGUUCCAAACCUUAUUGUUGGAUCUAUUGCUAAGGAAAGUCUGUACCUUGCUUUUAGUAAAGGGAUAACAGCGGAGCAGAUAAUAACUUUUCUUCAGCAGAACGCUCAUCCUCGUGUAGCAACUAGAAUACCUACUGUGCCAGAGAAUGUUACCGAUCAGAUCAGGCUGUGGGAGGCUGAUCGAAAUCGAGUAGAGAUGAUUCCGUCACAUCUUUAUGAUGAUUUCCCAUCGAAGGAGGUUUUCGAGAAUGCGUGUGAUUUUGCAAGAGAAACUGGUGGGCUUUUGUGGGAAGAUUCCCAAAAGAUGAUUCUAAUUUUGCGUGGAGAAUGUCAUGAGGAGAUGCGUAAUUAUCUUCGCAGGCAAAGGUAGUUUGUGAAUAUGUGUUAAUUUUCUGAAUGUAGGCAGCAGUAGGGAAGGGGGAACCUUUUGUGAACUUCGAUUCACAGCGUUAUUUAUCAUUAUCAUCACGACUCUGUUUUACUUUCCAUGGCUAAUAUUUUUCCGAAUCCAAGGAAAAGUCCAGUUUCAAUA